CGGCCUCGCGGCUCCCGCACGUCGCUCCGCCGCCCUCGGAGCCCUGCGCCGCCGCCAUGUCUUCCGGCGCCAGCGUGAACGCCCUGCAGCGCCUGGUGGAGCAGCUCAAGCUGGAGGCCGGCGUGGAGAGGAUCAAGGUCUCGCAGGCAGCUGCAGAGCUUCAACAGUACUGCAUGCAGAAUGCCUGCAAGGAUGCCCUGCUGGUAGGUGUUCCAGCUGGAAGCAACCCCUUCCGGGAGCCCAGAUCCUGUGCUUUAUUCUAAAGGCGGUAAGGAAGGAGCUCACUGAGGAAUGCUUUCAGGCGCAAAGUGAUGAAUAACUAACUGCCUCCAAGUCUCAAGAAAACACUUUUCUCCAGCCAAACAACUUUUACAUAUUUCAGACCUUUCCUUACCUAUUUCAGAUCCUUCAGAUCCUUUUCUUUCCCAGAAUUUCAGCCAAAAUUCUAUAGAAAUUGGUGAGUUUCUACUCAGAUAAGGAAACGGAGUGAGGGGAAGACUUUAGAUAAUAAUGGCCAGACUUUUGGUAAAAUGCUUUUAUAUUUAAGACAAAAAUGUUACCACCAAAUACACCUCUUUCAUAAGUGAAUUACUGGUGUUUCUAUACCUGGAAUAUUAUGUUUGUUUUAUUUACUGGAUGUUUACAUUUUGGGAAGGCAAACAUUUUUGUUUGUUAAAAAAUUAUUUGUAAUUUGUUGUUCCUAAGAUUUUUAUACCAUAACAAAACUUGUUCUUUUCUCAUGAAUUUGCAGUUUCUAAAUAAGACAAGCAAGUAUAAAACUGGGGGAGAACAGACUUUAUUAAUUAAAUUAUGUCUUGAUUUUUCUAAACGAGAGGACUAUUUGUAACACUAAAUAUGGGAGCUAUUUCUUAACAAACUUGUUUGGAAAGAUUCAUGUUAUGUUGUGUAUUAGAUUGCUCCAUCUUGUGUAUGAAGCAGAUUUGGUCUUUGUCUUAAGUUCCUCUACUUUAUAGUUGUGGAUGUACUUUGUUAAAAAAAACCAACAACACACACACAGAAACCUACAUUUCAUGUCUUUAAAAAAUGUUUAAAUGUUAUCUUCGGAACAUUGCAAAUGAUUAAAAACAAAAUAAUGUGAAAAUA